AUGUGCAGUGUGCUCCUCCACGUGGUUGGAGGGGCGGAUUUGUGUACAAUGUAUCUUCUCGAGGUCCAAGCAGAGAAAUGCUCGAUGAGCCACCCGGAUGCGCCGCCUCGAGUGAACGACAACAACAGCCCCGCGACGGCCGUUGACCUGCCAGCGAAGACACUGCCCAAUCCAUCCGCUGCCCCAUCGCCAGCAGCGUCAUCGCCCAAACCCCUUCGUCCCACGCCUCCACACCUCGAAAGCACCACCAAACUCGCGCGAAAUGUCUCUCCAGGCCUACUGGCGCGCAUGAAGUUCCUCAACCAGCCCGCCGACAACCACUCUGCUACCAAGCCCAACGUCGACGUCGGCCGCAUCGAGCAGGAUCGGCUACGGCGCCUCGACGAGUUCCGCAAAGCCCGCAACCUCGACAUCGAGCGCCGGGGCACUGCGUGGACUGCAAGGCCUGGCCAGUCGACACCCACCCUCACGCCCCUCAUCCCCCAGUCGACGGGCGGCAGCGUGCCAGCCCUCACCAUGGAGCCCGACUUUGAGAGUGACCGCAGUAGUGUCGUCAGCACCAGCGACAAGGUUCUGCCCUCCGAGUCGGAUGCCGAUGGAGAGCUCGACAUGCAAAAGUAUCGCUUGCCCGACGUCACCAAGCCCGAAAAAGCACUUGGCCAGACGCUGGUCGCGACUGCCAUGACAUCGCCCAUCACAAGCGCGACAACAACACCCCCAGCAACCACACCUGCAACUGCAAUUGCAACCACCACCACCACCACCACCACAACAACAUUACAAGACGCACCCAUCAUCGCCCCGUCACAGCCAUCACCACCACCAUCCACGGUAGCCGCCCUCCUACCGUCACUGCCCAUCCACGCAGAACGCACACUACCCCCAACGCCCCCGCCCAAAGACUCGCCGCCGCUGCACGACUCGCCGCCGCUGCCACCACUACCGCUAGCCGACCCCGACGAAGCUUCCGUCCUCGACGACAACAAUGGCAUCGAUAUCGAGUCCUACUUCCAGCGCCGCCACUACCCGCGCGCCGGCUCCAUCUACACCCUCUCCAAGGCUAGCUUCACCAACCAGAUCCAGCAGCUCACCUCGAUGAAGCUGCCACCCACCACCAUCGCCUCCGAGAUCACUGCCCUGGCCUCGCCAACCCAGGCCGCCCGCGCACUGCACAAGGCAGCCAACGACAUUCGUCUGUGGGUCUCCAAGAUCAAGGAGGUCCUCAGCGGCCUCGAUGCCGACGACGAUGUCGAGUGGGCCGCCGCUGCUGGCCGAGAGGGGCUGGCCGAGGUUGACACCGCAAUCAGCAAGUUCGAGGGACUUGUUAAUGUCUACAUCGGUGCUAUCGAAGAUCUUCAAUCACGGUCAGACAUUGCACUGCUGCCUACGAGAGACCAAGUCACCCUCGUCAGCCAGAUGGAAGACAUUGUAAUGAGCUGGGGCGAUAUUAAGCAGACCCUCAAGGGAAUCAAGAACCAAGUCGAGAUUGCCAUGGAGUGGGAAGAGUUGUGGAACAAUGUCCUGGGUGAGAUUGGCGCCGAAGUCGAAAACCUCAGCCGCUUGGUAUUCGAGAUGGAGGAGCGCAGACAUCGCGUCAUCUCAGACUCUGUCGCCGAGGCACCAGAAAAGUUCGACAUCAAGGAACUCGAGAACAUUGUCGAGGAUAUCCCGCGAAAGCAAGCCAUUCUCAACAGCAAGCGGUUUAGCAUGCCCACGCUGUCCAUCCUGUCUCCUGUUUCGCCGCUCCCUCAAAUCGAGCAAGAAAACUCUAGGCUGCUGGCUCUCUUCGCCAAGCUGCAGCCAUUGCGUGCAUCGCUCGACUUCCUCCCCAUGCGACUCAGUACUUUCCAAAUAAGGGCAAAGACCAUUUUCCCCUCUGCUUGUGACGAGCUGGACCGCAGGAGGGAGCAGCUCGAGGCCCAGGAGAAGAAGUUGGAGGCCGAAGCAGACGCACUGCGAGAGGAACUGGGCGAAGACAAGUGGGUGCACAGCUUCCGCCAGGCUGGAAGCAAGGCUGUUGCCAUGUACGAUUCGUGCAUGAAGAGCAUACAGAGACUACAACAAGCCAUUGACGACACUGACGACGAGAAGCUAGCCUCACGCAUUGCCACAUACAAGGACAAGCGAGACCACUACCCGCCGUCUAUGAGGCGCGUCCUCGAGUUGAUCGACAUUGAGAUGAAGCACAGGUCUACCGUCAAUGGUGAGAUCCUGCGCAUUCAGCAGGAUGUACGGUCCAAGGUAGAGGAUCUCGAGACAGUCACUGGAAACAUGGACGCCAUCCUGGAAGAUUUUACUGCCAGACGCAAGCUUCGUGACUCUGUUUCUACCGUCCUCUCUGCUCGCACCGAAAACUCGUUCGCCCAUUCCAACAUGGGCACCCCAGGCAGCUCCCCCGCUUCAAGCGUCGUCAUGAGCUGCAAGAGUAGUGCCACGAGCUCCGCUGUUCUCCCGUCGGGCAAGAAGCCCCGUCAGCCCACCGCCGCAUCAUCCAAACCAGUGAUGCCCGCGAACCGACGAUACUCGAGCAUGCCGCAAAGCACAGCUGCUCUUCCUCGCAAGUCCCUGCCCUCAUCUCGUUUGGACUUUACACCUUCUCGCGCUACAGCCGGUACAUUGGCUAGCCAAGCACGCGUGAAGACUCCCACCGACAAACCGGGACCCAAGCCUCGUUGGAACUCGGAUACUCACCUGCGUGAUACAAUCAUUGGACACAACUUCAAGCCGUUGUCUCUGAGCACGCCAUCACCAUUCCGAAAGGACAAGGACACGCCGAGUGGAUCUGCGCGAAGCUCUUCAAGCCCAGCCGGGACGACUUUUGGCGAGCCCCAUGGAGACGCCGGCUACGCCUGGAGAUGUCAAACCGGCGCCUCGGUCGACACCAGCGUCUUCUCCCCAGGCGAAGACCACCACGCCUGGGUCAAGCCACCGCGCAACCACUGCAAGACAAGAUGGUAUGAGUCCUGGUGGUGA